GCCGACAUGAAUUGCAAUCUGCUCACCUGGAGCUCUCUCGCCGCGCUAACCCAAACCGGCAAUUCCCUUGCCACGUAGGAGCUUGCCUACACCGGAAUCACGCGAGCUGAGCUCUUUGUGCCAUACGAGCCAAUAAGAGCUUCGAAGGCUCCCACUUCAUGUUGUAUAACAGCAUACACGUCGGAAGCCCGAUCUGCUUACCAUGCACAUUUAUCCAGAUUACUAGAAGUAGCUCUUCAAGCUUCUUCCAUUUGCAGCUGAAACAACCAGGCUACCACUUGAAUGCCAACUCCCGGACGAGAGGAACAAGAUCUACAGUCGCGAACUGCUGCCGCCACAUGGCAAGCUGGGUAUGCACAGGAUGUCUAGAAAAGAACCCCGGCGUCCCCAUGCACUGCUGGAGCUGCGACGCCCUAACAUGUUCCGACUGCCUCCUCUCCAACGGCGGACACUGGUUCAACUUUCUCCGAGGACCCCUCUCACAACAAUACAUCCAAGCCCAACAACGAAACCUCAUAGCCCCAGCUCUCUGGUCCGAGAAAUUUCCUCCACCUACCAACGCGGAACAAAUCAUGGAGCUUGCGGAAGAUUAUUGGUUUGGGCUGGAGCAGAAACAAGGGGAUAGUUUUGGGGCGCAUAGGAGAAUUUGUGCGGAUCGGGCGUUUGCUGAGGCGUUUGGGUAUGAGGAUGAUGAGUAUAAGUGGAUUGCUGGAGGGCAGUGGCAGAGUGCGUUGGUGUUGGUGUGGUAUUUUGCGGAUGCGGAGAAUGUGGCGGUUGUGGAUGAUGAGGAUGAUGUGCCGUUUGAGGAUGCGUGGUGGGAUGAGAUGGAGGAGGAUGAGUUGCAGACUAGUGGGGCGGAGGUUAUGGGGAGAUGAUUUGGCUGCCGAGAUUCAGGUGACAGCUUGUGGGGAGGAUUUCUCUGCUCCGUUAUUUUAGAGGUCGUGCUGUGGGAGUGGGAUCAGGUGAGAGCAGCAUAGAUCGAUCUCAUCUCUCGCGACACCAAUAUCUGAAGAUCUCGCCUCUCGAUCCGAUACGGUUUGCUGUCACCAAUUUCAGCAACCGUGGUACAAAAAGCCUCUCCUUCCCUCCAGCUUGUUGAUAUUCUCCAUCACUGAAUGCAUCCUCCAACCGC